CGCAGAUUAAUCCUACACAACCUUUGGUGACGUUUUUCUCAAAACAGAAGAGUAGACGACAGCUGAUGAGACCUUUGUCAAAAUUAGAACAGAUAAUUCCUUUGUCCUGGGAGCUUUGGAAACCUGUGGCCGAUAAGGGUGUGGUAUGAGGGAGAGGUUGCCUGGUACAGAUUAGUGUAUGCAGUAGUACUGUCCAAUGCUAAGACAGCCCACACAGCUCUCUGAUGGCAGACUGCCAGUGUUUGUGUUUCCUUCGUCACUGAAUUUCUACUCCGAUGACCAAUCAUCCCAUAAACAAGUGUUGACCCUGUAUAACCCUUACGAAUUCCCACUGAAAUUUAAAGUUUUAUGCACAGCUCCAAGGAAAUACACAGUUGUUGAUUCUGAGGGGACUAUAAGACCACACUGUUGUGUGGAUAUUGUCGUUCGCCAUUCAGACAUCUGUAUCAACAAUGAAGGAGUGAGAGACAAGCUACGCAUUCAUGUUACAGAACAUGGCACCAAAAAAGUUAUUGGUAAAAAGGAUAUUACGGCAGUUUUGUUGCCAAAGAAAGAAUCGUCCCAGCAGCCAGAGGACAAUUUCCAUUCUCUGACAUCCACUUCACCAGAGCCUCCCGGAACACCAAGCAGAGCUAUGAAGCCAGAGGGGGGAGGAGGCGGUCCUAGUUUGAUCAUCAUCUUUACUGCUGUGUCCUGUAUCCUGGCUCUGAUGCUUCCCUUGCAUGGUGACACAGAGAGCAGACUACCAGAUUAUCUCCAUCUGACGGUGAACCAGAAAAUGAUAGCAGCAUAUAUUCUAGGUCUUGUCACCAUGGUCAUUUUACAUGUAUGAUGGUACUUCGCUACGGGUUUAAAAUUGGUCAUUACAAAGAAAAUAUGUGUAGUAUAGAUGGAGCUUUCCUCCAUGUAAAUCCCAGUGGUGCAUAAUCAGUUUGCCAGCACAUUUAACUGCUUUUUUUUUUGUUGUUGCCUUAUUUCACAUAUCAUAAAUGACGUCUGCAUGGCCAUCAGUACUGAAUGCCUGUAACUUAUUGUAGAGAAAAGGGACAUUAUGUCAGGAAUCAGGAGUUGUGUUACAGUUCAAUGUGUUUUUAAGCAAUUUAGUUUCGUACAAUAAUAAUCACGAAUAAUUUAAUCAUUAUGUGUCUGUUAAAGCUUUUUAAAUUUAUUGGUAGAGAAUGUGUACAUAUGAACAAAUUGAAAGCCAGGAAGUGUGAAUCUUUGCUUCUAAAUGUGUGAAAAUAAAUUUCUAUCAUACAUUUCCAGCAACAGAGAUAAGGACCUAGUAUUAAUACAUGUAGCACCAGUCUUAGAAUGAAAGAAGAAUAGAAUUCUAUUUCAACUAUUAUGUACACAUCUCCACAUCUUUUAAAACAUGUUUGAGAGGCAUUUAGUUAAGUAUGUUGUAUAUUUUUUUGCAUGGAAGUUUUUUUUUUAUUUGUUUGUUUGUGGUAAACAAAUUGAGUAGUUUUAAUUAUGAAGUGUGCAAUAAAAUAGACACAUCAAAA